CAUCAAUAAUUUUUCAUUAAAUCAAAUUGAACUAGUAUAGUUUUUAUUAUUAUUAUUUGGAAAUAAUAAUAAUAAUAUAGUUACUACAAAAAUGCGUCUAGUUUUAUUAACAUUGGUUACAUUGGGCGCCUGUAUCCUAGCCGCCAAUGCCGAGGAUCAUCUACCGGAGUUCCUCAUUGCCCGGGCCCGGGCUAUCAUCCAACGUGCCGAGGCUGACCUACACCGCCAUCACGAACACGGACGCCAACAUUUGACUCACGAAAUGGAACGGGAGGUCCAGCGAGUCAGGGAACUGGUCAAAGAGCUGAUGCUUAUGGAUCAGUCGAAACAUGUCGAUCCGGUCAAAGAGCAUGAAGUCGAGCUACGGUUGAUUGCACACGAAAACCGUUUGUUGGAGGAAUCGCAACGUAUUGAACGGGAACACCAUCACGAACUACACUUACCUGAGGCACUCAUACUGAGAGCACAGUUAUUGAUUAAACGGGCCGAACAAGAGAUUAAACAUCAUCACGAUAAAGGACACGAUAAAAAAUUGGUAGAAGCUAUGGAACAUGAGAUUAAGGUUGUCCAACAUUUAGUACAGGAGCUCGAACGUUUCGAGCGCCAUCAUCGUAUGGAACCGGCAGCUUUUUUGCACCUAGAACAAGCACUGUUACGUAGCGAAGAUAUCCUAUUGGUUGAGAUGCUUAAACUGGCUCAUUUGCACCCGGAUGAUAUACUCAGAUACUCGGUUAUGCCCGAAGUACUACUGGCCCGUGCCCGUGAGGUCAUACAUUUUGCCGAAUCGGAACUCAAGCGUCAUCACGAUACGGGUCGCAAGCACCUGACCCAGGCUAUGGAACAGGAGAUACAUAAGCUCCGGGAACUGGAACAGGAACUAGUGAAAAUGGAACAUACAAAAAAAGUCGACCCCAUUAAGGCCCUGGAGCUGGAACAACGUAUACUGGGCCACGAAAACGUCCUGAUUGCCGAAAGCCUACGGCUAGAACGGGAACACCAUCACGACCCCCAGUUACCCGAGAUACUGAUCAAACGUGCCCGUGCUAUCAUUGCCCGGGCCGAGAUUGAUUUGAAACGUCAUCACGAUAAAGGUCGAAAACAUUUGACCCAGGCUAUGGAACGGGAGAUCGAAAAGGUUAGGGUGCUCGAGCAUGAACUGAUGGCCCUGGAUCAACAUAAACAUGUACCCCGUGAACAGGUACUACUGGUUGAACAGUUGUUGAUGGCUCACGAAAACUUUUUGCUGGCCGAAUCCGAGCGCCUGGAGCAUGAAAAAUAAAUAGUUACUACUAUUACUAAAUAAUACAUGUAAUCUAACCGUCACUACCGCUUAAUAAAUAAAAAAAAAUUAUAAUAAGCUUAUAUUGUUAUGUUAUUGUAUGCUAUAAUCCAUUGUUAAUGUAUUAUAUUUUAAUGGCUAU